AAAAUUAACACCAUCGAGAUGACGAAACAAUUGUAAUGUGAUUGACAGUUAAUUUAAAGGAGAAUUUUAAAGCGCGAUUGUCUGAAUACGAGACAUAGAUGCGAUCGUAAGCGAUAGCAGCGCUAGCCUUCCUAGAGACGACAAGGAUCUAUACUACUUUGUAACAUACUUGCCUUUGCUGGUCGCCAUAGAACUUGCUAUAAAUUACACGAAAUAUUUGAUGUAAUUUGGCUCAUGAUGUUCAGUUUGCAUGGCAGAUAACAGAUGGCUGGAAGCAAGAUCAUAUUAACAAUUAUCUUUAAUGCCUACUCCAAGGAUUAAUUUUUUAUCAGCUUAUCAAAGAACCUGUUACUGUCAAGAUGAGUGUCAAUAUAGCGAGUAUUCCUGAUCUUUUUAAUUUACUAGAAUCUAAUAAACUUGGGGUGGUAGAAGAAAUAAAGCAAGUAUUCCAUGAACAUUUCUUGUGUACAAAAGAUAGCUGGCUUGUCAAUGGUUUAUUGGACUAUUAUCUUUCAACAAAUUCUUUACGGACUGUUGAGGUACUGGCAGGUGUACGUGAACCACACGAUAAGCAUUUGUUAGAUAGAUUGGCAGAAGUUAUUUCAAAGACUGGAAAUAAUGAGCAAAAAAUUAAAGGACUUACUUUACUUGGUCAUAUUGCUCGUAAACAACCUACCUGGUUAUAUAAACUUGCAAAUCAUACUUUGUUCAGAGAUUUGUUAAAAUUGCUAAAGGUGGAAACAGAUACAUUGUCACUUAUGAGUGAGCUCCUUUUAUUGGUCAUGUUGCUACCGAUGUUACCUGCUGCAUUAGGACCAUAUUUACAAGAAAUUUUUGAAGUAUUUGGCCACCUAGCUUCUUAUUACUAUCAACAAUCAUCAACACUUUCUCAUCCUAUACAUAUGACAUCAAAUACGGUACUUAGCAAUAUUGACAAAAAUCAUCUGUAUCUAUUACAUUUACAGGUGGGAUUAUACAGUUUAUUUCACAGGCUAUAUGCUAUGUAUCCCUGCAAUUUCAUCUCAUAUCUUAAACAACAGUAUAUUCAACGUGAUCAAUUGGCUACUUUUUCUCAUACUAUAAGACCAAUGUUGGAUUCUGUGCGUAUGCAUCCCUUCCUUGUUACAGCAUCUAAAGAUACAGAAAUUUCUGCCACUAGAUGGAAAAAAAUGGAACAUCAUGAUAUUAUAGCAGAAUGUGACCGUUUUACGUUAGAUAAAUGUAGAGAAGAAGUAUUUGGAGCCACUAACUCGCGAUUUACACCACCUUUAGAUCAUUCUUCCAAUUUUGUACCACUAAAUAUCAGUGGUGGACUGACAACCACCGAGAUAAGUAAUGGAGAUGAGGAAACAUUUUGGUCUCCUAGUAUGACAGUUCCACCACAGAGUCCAUCAUUCCAAAGUACAUCUCAUGAAGUUCGUUCAACUCCCUCAACGCCUAAUACCAACAGAAGUGGUACGUCUCCCCCAGAAGCUGCUGUAGAAGCUACGCCAGAAACGACACCUGUAAAGGAUGUUCGUAAGUUAUCGAGGCCACCACCUGUAGGAUCUGCAGCAGUUCGAGCACUUAGUAUUUUGAGCAAUGGUGCAGUAGUAACGCAAACAUCGCGGCCUUCCACGCCUGUUCCUCUAAAUCCUUCCAUAUCAACUAUUGCCAAUUCUGGGAUGAGUUCUGGAGAUACUGGAGCUAAUGUACAAGGGUUUCUUUCACAAAAAAUCAGUAAAUUAAUUGCUGACAGGCAAACUGUUGUUCAACAACCACAGAAAUUAAUAACUAAUACUGAGGAUGAUAAUAGUAUUGUGGAAACUGACAUAAGUCAAAAUUGCAAGAACGAUUCAUGGCAAGAAGAUCAAGAGGUUUUGGAAAUUGUAAGCUUUCAAAAUAGUGGCAGUCUUGACAUUCAGAAAUAUAGGGAACAAAAGCCGGAAUUUCAAGAUGAUAAACUACGUGGUACUAUAGCAGAUUUAUCUCAAAAAGUUCAUCAACUCCGAGUUUAUUCUCAGUAUCAACAUCCAGUACAACAUACAAAUAAGAAUUUAAAUAAGUUACGAAGAACCAGAUCAUGUUCAGAUAUGAAAACGCAAAAAAGGAUGGAUAAUAACGAAGGAAAAGAAACAACAAAUUUCAUGAAAAAACUCGAAGAAAUUGGAACUCAAACAAAUAGCAUAUACCGAUACGAAUGCUUGUUAUUAGGAAUUUUAGAUCAAAAAGAACAAAUAUCUGAACAAAAAACUAUUCAACACAAUUCCGAAUCAAGAGUAUCACCAACCAGUAUGCUUGAUCGUUACGUUGAUAUUUGUGCCCGUGCAAGUAGUUUCUCUAGUGACAAUAACAAAGCACGCAGAAAUUCUACAAAACUAAAGAUUACUGAAGAAAAUACAGAAGAUGAAACAGAAGACGAAGGUAAUUUAGAUACAGAUCAUGUAAAUCAAUUGUUGCAACUAAUGCAGAUGCAGUUACAAUUUGAGCGGCAGCGUAGAGAAGUACAUGCUGAACGUAAUAGAAGACUUCUUGGUAAAUUAAGAGAUUCGCGAGCAUUAGUAGAGCAUAACAAUGCUUUAACUGAUCGGCUUAGAAUGUUAGAAAGAGAGGUGGAAUGUUUAAAAAUUGAAUUAGAUAAAAGUAAAAGGGAUAACCGGGACGCUGAUGAACGAUAUAAAGAUGCGUUGCACCAUUGGCAAACGAAGUGUGUAGAAGAGCAACGACAAAAUCAAAUUUUAAAAGAUCGAAAUGAAUCACUCGAAUUAGAGCUAAAAGAGGAACAAAAAAAAAUAGUUGAAUGUGAACAAGAAAAACGUUCCACGGAGGCUGCAUUGUUCGAUGCAGGACAUCAACUCAAAGAAGCAUUGAAGGCAGCUAAUCGUGCAAAAGAGUUAGAGCAUACUCUCGAUACUGUACAAAAGAAGCUCCUUCUUUUAGGAGAAGCACAAUCGAAACUGCAAGAAAAUGUAGGAGGACGAUCGCCUACGAUCAAUCAAGAAGCGGCACAGAUGCAACAAGCAUAUACAGAAGAAAUGAUUAAUCUACGACGCCAAUUAGAAUCCCGUACUUCGCUUGUAGAAGUUUUAAGAGUACGUUUAGCUGAAUUAGAAAAUAAAGAAAAUCGUAAGGAGGCACAACUCGUUGAACUUCAACGUUCUCUGCUAGAAAUGAAGGAUCAACAUGAAACAGAAUUAAAUGCAGUUGAAUCCAAAUAUAAGGCACAAUUGGAAAUUAAUCUUCUAUUAGAAGGUCGUAUACUCGAACUUCAUGGUACACUCGAGAGUAUAACUUGUGGAGCGAGUACUAGUGCUGGAAAUCUUCCAUCUUCUGCAUCUCCUAAAGAACGUACUCCUCCUUUGUCAGUCAGUUUAGCUUCAUCAAGCGAGGGUAGCCUUGCCUUUAUUCACUCCAGCACUGGGAUAAUGAACGAUUGCUGUGAUUCUGCAGGUGAAAUUCCGAAUCUGCAAGCGAUUGUUGAACCUAUCCCAAGUAAUCAAGUUGCUUCACCAUCCCGCUCAAAUCAACAACGACAAUUUCCAAAGCAAGAUUAACAUUGUAUUGAAAUCAUUCUCUAUUAAACAGGCCUUUGUUUCGCAUCAUUGCAAGUUAUGUCUGGUGCUGUGCUGAUCAUAAAUCAGAAGAAAGUUAUUUGUAGCUUUUUAUUACUAGAUUAGUUGUAAUUUACAAAAUCUUGUUAUUACGCGAUUGCCAUUUACAAGUGAAGAGACAUGUUACUUAAUCGAGUUAUUAAUAAUGGUCAACCUUUACUGUUCAUAAACGAAGCAAGAAUAAAAGGUUCAAAUAUUUUAUGAAAA